AUCGUUCCCGAGACUCGGGUGUGGAGCUUACCCAUUCCUGAGUCUCGCCACAGUUCCUUGUUAACGACACAGAACCAGAGGUGGCAGUGUGCUCAGCCUUUGGUGUUGCCUCAGUCGCACGCGGCCUUCGGGCCAAGUUUCAGUUGUGGCCUUUACGGCCUGCUUUUGACGCUAGUUCUCUUAGGGGAGCUUUUCUGGGAAGUUUUCCGCUUCUGGGUGCGGUGGAAGCACCUCCAGUCCAAGGCCUCAGAACUCAGGCCUGUGACAACCGGCAGUGCCCUCAGUGACGUCUGUGACAGCCUUAGUGAAUGCGAGCCUGUUGUUCGUAGCCGCAUGCGCAAUCGCCGCAAGCUCCAGUUUACUUUACGUUGUCCGGAGGGAAGGAAGCUCCAACUCCGUUUCGCCAAGGUCAGGCUCCGUCGUCGUCAACGUCGUGCCGUUUUGUCUCUUUUGUCCCUCGGACUUCCGCCCCGGCCCGUAGGUGCGACUUCUGAGGACACAGUGCGUGACGUUUUGCUUAACCAGCUCAAAGGGGGGCGGGGCAGACGCAAGCCAAAAACCGGGUCAAACAACGACCACGACAGAGCUCCUGACAACCCUGACGAGGACUCCUUGGCGGAUGCCCUUACUUCCUUCUUGGACAAAUGGGCCAAAAAGCCGGCUCGCUCCAGGGAGUCGCCCCGGCCGGCUGGCACUCCCGAACGACAACCUUCGCUGUGCGAGGUCCUGCUCUCGGUGCUGAAGAAGUGUAAGCAAAGUGAGGCCUCGGACGAGGCUACGUUUCAACAGGUGGUGGUUACGGGCUCUUCUCCUAACGCCGUCCAGGAACUGCUGGAACUUCAGGACACGUGGCUGGCCUUUGACUGCAAGCAGCCUUUGACGGUCCUUGCGACCGGAGAAGCGAGGGGCUCAAGAGGCUGUUGCCUCGCCAGGGCCUCACUCCGGCGGGGACCUUUGUCUGCUGGCUUUUCCUGUGAAGAGGUAGGAGUUCUGGUGUUAGGGGAAGAGGGUUACGCUCCCAAGCUUAAGCCAGCCUCCAAAGUCGCUCUUUCGAAGUUCAAGGCUCCAGCCAAAGCCCUGAUUCGGAUCGUGGCGCCGUCCCACUACCGCGCCUGUUGCAAGGAGAGCCGACAGUGGGAUUCCCCUCAAGCCAUCGUGUCGGAAAUGGCACAGUGGAAGGUUGAGGGACCAAGCACUCAGGCCAGUAGUCUCACGGGUGGCAACUGGCAGUGGACAAAACACAAAGGGUCGGAUCAGCUGAUUGGCCACUUGAAAGUCAGUGAAAGUCUUGCCCAGGCCCUGGCCCCUCACAGUGGUCGCCGAGGUAUCUUCAUUUCACUGAUCAAAGAUCUAAAAACUCCCGCGAGGAUAGGAUGGAUCCCCGAGCAUGAGGAUGAAGAGCCCGAUGACUAUCUUAGUCGUUGCUCCAGCUUUGCAUCCGCGCGCGGUGCUUCCCUAAAGUACCGAUGUGGAGGCGGCAACGACUUGGGUGUGGUUAGGAAGGAUGGCGAAGCUGAGGAAGUCAGAGCCGUUGUCGUGAACGUGCGGGCCCCAAAAGAUUGGGAGGCGGAGGGCCUCCUCGCCUUUUUGCUUGAGCAAAAGUGGCUCGAGCCUCAGGUCUUGAACAAACGAGGCCAGAGCUGGUUGGUUAAAGGCACGCCGCCUCACCCAGCCUCUACAUGGAGAUACAUCGAUGCUGAGGACCCCAGCAUUACUGUACACGUCACAAAGGCUCAAGGGAAGCCCCCCUCGGUGCGCGAAACUGUGCCGUUGCGUGCUCCCCGUGCGAAGCUCAGUGAAGUGAGCGCUAGGCCUGCUGAGCAGCGCAGAGGCAGAGCUCCUCCGGACGCCGCCACAGGUGCCGGCGCUGGGCCCCGGGCUGGCAAGGACACACAGGAGAUCGGUUCCGACCGGGCUCGGAGCCGCAGUAGAGAAAAGGACACUACUGAGAGUUCCAAAGCCCCCCCUCUGGCUCCAGUUUUUGAUCCCAUGACUGAUGCUCUGAGCAGCGGGUGGAAGAUCAGAGACCUGGGCGGGGACGGGGACUGCGGUUUCCGUAGUCUGUCGGGCGCGAUGCACCACGCCAAGGGCACCCCUUUCCCUGACGAUGUUGCGGUCGACCAAGCUCGCUGUAAAGGUGCUACCAUCCGAACUCAGUGUUUGUCGCACAUCCGUAAGCAUGUCGAUCGCUAUGCUGCCUUCCUCCAACCGGAUGUUGAUGGUGGUGACAUGGAUACUGAGGACUUGGAGAUGUACUUAGGCUCCAUGGCGCACCCUCGUGCUUGGAUUGACGGUAUCAUGAUCCAAGCUGCAGCAGAAAAGUACGGUCAGGUCGUGGUGAUCUGGCACAAGUCAAAGCCGCAGAUGGACGCUGCUGGGCUUGUCACUCAGGCCAACUGGCAGCGAACCACUUUGGCCCCGGACUGGGCCAAGGAUGGGAUGCCUAAAAUGGCAAAAGACAAGUCCCCCAUAGUGCUUAGGCUUGAGAAUGAGCACUACACGUACAUGGUCCCUCCGGAAGGAAGCGAGGCUCUGCGGGCCCGGGUAGUGAGGUGA